AUGAUCAACACGCCCGCGUCCGAGAGGCCCGAGCACACGAACCGACGGCCGUACGAGCAGCGCGGCUGGUGUUACGUCGAGAAGCACCUCAGCGCGAUCGUCAAAGACAAGCAUUGUUUGUGGGAUUUCUCAAAGUAUCAAGGGUGUUCCCACUCCGACGCUGUCUCCGCUGUCUUCGACAUGCGGCAGCAAAUGGAAGCCAAUCGUCCACCCAUGGUCAGCCCCGAUCGCGUCGCCGAAGAGAUGCGUGCCAACGUCGAGUCUGGUGGCCUCGCCUUCACGUCAAACCUGAUAUGGAUUUCGUGA